CUACAACCGAGAGGGAAUAAUCCAGUUUCAAGGGAUGGCGAAAGAUUCCAUCUUCAAUAUGUAUGUUGGAGACGGACAAAGCAAGGAUCGCUGCCUGGAGUAUAUAGCAGUGACUGACCCGCGCGACGUCAAGACGGGUAUCCAUCAGACAAGAGGCGCCGUCCUCAAGGAGUCAUACGGUUGGAUCCUCGACCACCGCGAGUUCCAACGUUGGCGCGACAACGAAGACAGGCAGUUGCUUUGGAUCAAGGGGGAUCCUGGCAAGGGCAAGACUAUGCUGCUCUGCGGUAUAAUUGAGCAGCUCCUUCCGGCCACAAGGUUGGCAGGCGUCCAGUCCGAGACCCUUUUAUCCUACUUCUUCUGCCAAGCGACUGUCCCCAAGCUCAGUAACGCUCGAGAUGUCCUGCGCGGUCUGAUCUACAUGAUCAUAAAUCAACAGCCGUCAUUACUCUCACACGUGCGGGACAGAUUCAAGGACACAGGGGAGCCGCAUUUUGGGGAUACAGAAGCUUGGGCUGCGUUGUGCAACAUCCUCCUGAGUAUCCUGCGUGAUCCGAGACUGAAGAAGAUCUAUGUAAUAAUCGAUGCUCUCGACGAGUGCGGGCAGGACCAAGACCAGCUCUUAAAGUUCGUUCUCCAGGAAGCGAAGGUGCCGCGCGUCAAGUGGAUUAUUUCUAGCCGGAACAACAUUGAACAGCGUAUACGGCUGGAAACUUCGCAAUCGAUCCUCGGCCUGGAACAGCAGGAGAACGGAGAUUCUGUAUCUCAGGCUAUCAAAGCUUAUAUUACCAACAGGACAUCACGAAUCGAAUCUCUGAAAGACGACAGUUCACUGCAGGAGCAUGUUCGACGGGUCCUCCACAAGAAAGCCGAGGGAACGUUCCUCUGGGUAGCUCUCGUUGUCCAAGAGCUCGAAAACGUCGACAGCUGGAAAGUGCGGCAGGUGGUCGACAACGUACCAAAAGGUCUUGAUGAUCUGUAUGCGCGGAUGAUAGACCAGAUUGAACGACCUGGGAACACGGACACAGAGUACUGUCGGCUGGUCCUCUCAGCGGCUACGCUGGCAUACCGCCCGCUUCAGCUGCUUGAGCUAGGCGCAGUAUCUGGACUUCCAGACGCGAUUUCCAGUAGCGUCAGAAACAUCCGGAAGAUUGUCAAGAAGAGCGGCUCCUUCCUCACAGUUCGCGACGAAACAAUCGACUUCGUGCAUCAGUCUGCCAAGGACUAUCUGAUAGGGAAGGCCGCCUCAACCAUCUUUCCUUCUGGGUCUGCAGCUGCCCACCGUGGCAUCUUCACACAGUCACUGCAGGUCAUGGAAAAGACGCUACGGCGCGAUAUGUACGACCUGCGCGCCCUUGGAACCCCAAUAGAGCAGGCCAAAAAGCCUGAGCGAGAUCCAUUAGGGGCUGCACAUUACUCAUGUGUCUACUGGGUUGACCACCUGGAAGAGAGCGGCCAGGUGGACGGAGGAGGAAUCCCUCUGUUUGCAAAUCUCGGCGCUUUACCUCGGGGGAGAGCAAUGACAUAUGGACUACACGAGGAUCUCCAGGAUGGCGGCGCCGUCGAUGUGUUUCUCCGAGACCGAUAUCUCUACUGGCUCGAGGCACUUAGCCUUCUCCGAAGCAUGACGGAGGGGAUCAUGUCGAUACAGAAACUCGAGCGCUUGCUACAGGGACGAUCAGGAGCGUCUGGAUUGAGCGAUCUAGUCCGGGAUGCGCGCCGAUUCAUCCUAUACCACAGAGGAGCUAUCGAGAACAGCCCCCUCCAGACGUACGGUUCAGCACUUGUAUUCAGCCCAUCCCGCAGUAUCAUAAGGGGACUAUUCCAGCACGAGAUACCAGAAUGGAUCACGACCAAGCCAAGGAUGGCAGACGAUUGGGAUGCGCAUAGUGGCGCCUGCCUGCAGACGCUCGAGGGCCAUCGCUCCUCCGUCAGCUCUGUAGCAUUCUCGCGCGAUAGUAGCCGCCUCGCUUCGGCGUCUUACAAGACUGUCAAGAUCUGGGACGCUCAUAGCGGCGCCUACCUGCAGACACUCAAGGGCCAUGGCUCCUCCGUCAACUCGGUAGUGUUCUCACACGAUAGUAGCCGCCUCGCUUCGGCGUCGAACGAUAUGACUGCCAAGAUCUGGGACGCUCAUAGCGGCGCCUGCCUGCAGAUGCUCGAGGGCCAUAAACAAUUGAUCUUCUCGGUAGCGUUCUCGCACGAUAGCCGCUGCCUCGCUUCAGCGUCUUACGACAAUACUGUCAAGAUCUGGGACGCACAUAGCGGCGCCUGCCUGCAAUCGCUUAUGGGCCAUGAAGAGAGCGUCAACUCUGUAGCAUUCUCACACGAUAGUAGCCGCCUCGUUUCGGCGUCAUCCGACAAGACUGUCAAGAUCUGGGACGCUCAUAGCGGCGCCUGCCUGCAAUCGCUUAUGGGUCAUGAAGAGAGUGUCUACUCUGUAGCGUUCUCACACGAUAGUAGCCGCCUCGCUUCGGCGUCUUACGACAAUACUGUCAAGAUCUGGGACGCGCAUAGCGGCGCCUGCCUGCACACGCUCAAGGGCCAUGGCUCCUCCGUCAACUCAGUAGUGUUCUCACAUGAUAGUAGCCGCCUCGCUUCGGCGUCGAACGAUAUGACUGUCAAGAUCUGGGACGCUCAUAGCGGCACCUGCCUGCAGACGCUUAGCCAUAGCCAUUGCGACUACGUCAAAGCUGUAGCGUUCUCGCGCGAUAGUAGCCGCCUCGCUUCGGCGUCGAUCUAUGGGAAAGUCAAGAUCUGGGACGCGCAUAGCGGCGCCUGCCUGCAGUCGCUCAAGAGCCAUGAUGGACAGGUCAACUCUGUAGCGUUCUCGCACGAUAGUAGCCGCCUCGCUUCGGCGUCUUAUGACAAUACUGUCAAGAUCUGGGACGCGCAUAGCGGCGCCUGCAUGCACACGCUUAAGGGCCAUGGCUCCUCCGUCAACUCGGUAGUGUUCUCACACAAUAGUAGCCGCCUCGCUUCGGCGUCGAACGAUAUGACUGUCAAGAUCUGGGACAUGCAUAGCGGCGCCUGCCUGCAGACGCUCGGGGGCCAUCAAGGGAGUGUCAACUCUGUAGCAUUCUCACAUGAUAGUGGCCGCCUCGCUUCGGCAUCGGACGACAAGACUGUCAAGAUCUGGGACGCUCAUAGCGGCGCCUGCCUGCAGACGCUCAAGGGCCAUGGCUCCUCCGUCAACUCGGUAGUGUUCUCACACGAUAGUAGCCGCCUCGCUUCGGCGUCGAACGAUAUGACUGUCAAGAUCUGGGACGCGCAUAGCGGCGCCUGCCUGCAGACGCUCGAGCGCCAUGGCUUCACGGUAGCGUUCUCACAUGAUAGCAGCCGCCUCAUUUCGGCGUCUUACGACAAUACUCUCAAGAUCUGGGACGCUCAUAGUGACGCCUGCCUGCAGACGCUUGAGGGCCAUUGCUCCUCCAUCAAUUCUGUAGCAUUCUCACAUGAUAGCCGCCGCCUCGCGUCGGCGUCUUACGACAAGACUGUUAAGAUCUGGGACGCGCAUAGCGGCGCCUGCCUGCAGUCGCUCAAGAGCCAUGAUGGACAGGUCAACUCUGUAGCGUUCUCACAUGAUAGUAGCCGCCUCGCUUCGGCGUCGGAUGACACUACUGUCAAGAUCUGGGACGCUCAUAGCGACGCCUGCCUGCAGACACACGAGGGCCAUGGCUCCUCCGUCAAAUCGGUAGUGUUCUCACAUGAUAAUAGCCGCCUCGCUUCUGUGUCUUACGACGGGACUGUCAAUAUCUGGGACGCGCAUAGCGGCGCCUGCCUGCAGUCGCUCAAGGGCCAUGAUGUAGCGUUCUCACACGAUAGCAGCUGCCUCGCUUCGGCAUCGGACGACAAGACUGUCAAGAUCUGGGACGCUCAUAGCGGCGCCUGCCUGCAGACGCUUGAGGGCCAUGGCUCCUCCGUCAAAUCGGUAGUGUUCUCACAUGACAAUAGCCGCCUCGCUUCUGUGUCAUCCGACAGCGCUGUCAAGAUCUGGGACGCGCAUAGCGGCGCCUGCCUGCAGACGCUCGAGAGCCAUGACAAAUCUGUCGAAUCGGUAGCGUUCUCAUACGAUAGUAGCCGCCUCGCAUCUGUGUCAUCCAACAUCGCUGUCAAGAUCUGGGACGCUCGUAGCGGCGCCUGCCUGCAGUCGUGCGAGGGCAAGGGGCCCCAUCGGUCGGUGUCGGUAGUGUUUGCUCAUGAUAGCAGCCGCCUCGCUGUGUCAUCCCCGAUAGACAAGGCCAUCACGAUCUGGGACGCGCAUAGCUGCGACCGCCUGCAGUUUCUCCAGGGCCAUGAUCAAGGGAUCAACUCGGUAGCGUUCUCGCACGACAGCAGCCGCCUUGCUUCUGCGUCAUCCGACAGGAAUGUCAAGAUUUGGGACGUGCAUAGCGGCGCCUGCCUACAGACGCUCAACAUUGGCACGGUCGUCUACAAUCUCUCCUAUGAUCUUACCGACUCAUCUCUCUACACUGCCGUCGGAAUUGUCGCUCUUGACUCGCCGACAAUUUCUAAUACAACUCUUACAAAGGCUCUUGCUGUGAAGACUCAAGGGCGUCAUGACGCUCAGGAGCCGCUAACGCCUCAGUACCGAGGCUACGGUGUCCGCAAUGUCUGGAUCACACGGAAUUCGCAGAAUUGGCUGUGGCUGCCGCGCGAGUACCGCCCGACUCGUUCGGCUGUAGCACGGUCGGGGUUAGCCUUAGCCCUCGCUUGUGCGUCCGGACGCGUGGUGAUCUUUGGGUUCUCGGACGAGGCUCGCGAUUAACUUUGUGCGGCGUCCAAUACGUGUAACUGUCAAUGGACUAAUAAUAUAUUUUUUCUCUCCUCUCUUAGGUCUCGACAGGGAG